ACUCCGCUCUGGGGGACUCCGGCGGUGACCAUGAGGACGUGGUGGUCUUCUGCUCCGCCCUGGUGGACUCCGGCCUCGACCACAAAGACGUGGUGGUCUUCCGCUCCGCCCUGGAGGGCUUUGACUCUGACCACAAGGCCGUGGUGGUCUUCCGCUCCGCCCUGGUGGACUCCGGCCUCGACCACAAAGAUGUGGUGGUCAUCUGCUCCGUCCUGGUGGACGCCUCAACAUGCCCUUCAUGGACUUAUGUUUUGUGUUUUUUGAGUUCUGUUUCUGUCUGUUCCUUUUAGUUUAGUCUGGCCCUCCUUCCCUCCCCCUGAGCCUCCACCUGUCCGCCUCCCUCCUGGACUCCUUGUUUUGUGUUGCACCUUUCCAUUCCUCCUGGUUGCUCCUGUCCCUGUUUUCUGUCCCUCCGUCCCUCCCCCUGGUCCGCCGCCGUUCCACCUCCCUCCUGCCUCUUUUUCUGUUGGGGUUUUCCUGGGUUUAGGUGGAGCAUCUGGUAGCUGCUCCGUAGGGAGGGGGUAAUGUCACGCUGCCAGUCUUUGUUUUCCUGGGUGUUCCCUAGUGAGCUCACUUCCCCUUAGGCACUUCACCAUAGGCACUUUAAUUCCGCUAGUCUGGUUGUGUCUUCACAGUAAUUGCACUCCAAUUAGAAUCGCACAGGUGUUGACAAUACUCUGUCAUUAGUUUCCCUAUAUAGAGCUGUCUUUCUCUGUUGUCAUCAUGGAGUCCUUACCCUAUGUGUCUCAUGCUCUCGUUCCCCCGAGACUUCCUCUACCUUCUCAUUCUUCCGAGUUCCCCGUUUCAUCCGGUUCCCUCUUUUGGUUACGUUUGUCUCUCAUGACUGUUUAUUUUUGUAGUUACCCCUCUGUUUAAAUAAAAACCCUUACCUGCAUUUGGAUCUACCCUCUCUUUGUGUUUUCCCAAACCCAACCGUGACAUUAUGAACAUAUAAUCACACUGUUGCAUCAGAUUGUGGAGUAAACAGGGAGGACACAACAGAAUGAAGUUAUCUUGUCUCUGGAUUUCAAAAUCUACAAAACCAACAUUAUUUAGUCUUAGUAAAAAAAAAAAAAAAGAACAUGAAGGAAUUCUGAAGUUUACUCCCCACCUCCCCCCGAUAGCCUCAUAGACAGUUAAAGAUUGCCUGCGAGCUUCUCCUCCUGUUCAUACAGUAAUUUCUCUACUGUGCGACAGAGAGUCGCUGGUUAUGACGCAAUCGUUAGCCUAUUUUUUUUUUUACCAAAACUGUUUCUAUGGGACCAUAACGUAAGAUACAACGUAAUGGAGCCUUUUAUAUAUUUUCGUGUUUCUUUAGAAAUAAUUAAAGGACAAAUGGAGUCUUUAAACGCCUCAGAUGUAAAGUUAUUCGCUGUCAAAGUGACGCCAAAAUGAAUGGGAGUCCAUGGAAUACUAACAGCAGGUGGGGGUCCGCUAGCCAAUGGCGGCGCCCAGGGGUGCUUCAAUAAAAUAUGAAACCCUGCCCACCUGCUUUAACCCUCGGCUCGAGGACAAUGAAGACACGAGCUCAACAAGUCUGAAAUAUCAUAUGUAAAACAUACUUUUAACAAUUACCACUUCAACAUCUUCACAAUAAUUAUGAUAGUCUUUACUACACAAUGCCGUUUCCUUUAGGAGACUAACGUACAUUCAGUUUAACCGCGAAAAAUAAGUCAACAAAUUAGCAUUAGUGUAACAUAACCAUAACCGUCUAUUAACACCUCAAAAAGUGCAGAUAAGGUAAAAUCUUAUGGUGACAUGCAUGCUCUCCUUCACGUCCACGUUCCCAACCCAGCUCCACUGGGUUAUAAUCCAGACCGAUUUUCAACCCAAACUUCGGUUAAAACAACCCAAUGUCCUACGCAUUAGUCUCUACUCAGCAUUUUUUAGAGUGUAUCCCUGCUCUUAAUUGGCCGGCAAACUCACCUGACCUUAACCCCAUAGAAAUGCGAUAUGCCAGACCCAAGAAUGCAGAAGAGCGGAAGUCCACUAUCAGAGCAACCUGGGCUCUCAUAACACCUGAGCAGUGCCACAGACUGAUCGACUCCAUGCGACGCCGCAUUGCUGCAGUAAUUCAGGCAAAAGGAGCCCCAACUAAGUAUAGAGUGCUAUACAUGCUCAUACUUUUUAUUUUCAUACUUUUUAGUUGGCCAAGAUUUCAAAAAAUCCUUUCUUUGCAUUGGUCUUAAUAUUCAAAUUUUCCGAGAUACUGAAUUUGGGAUUUUCAUUAGUUGUCAGUUUUAAUCAUCGAAAUUAAAAGUGAUAAAAAUUUGAAAUAUAUCAGUUUGUGUUUAAUGAAUGAAAAUAAUAUACAAGUUUCACCUUUUGAAUGGAAUUAGUGAAAUAAAUCAACUUUUUGAUGAUAUUCUAAUUAUAUGACCAGCACCUGUACUUUCAUAAAGAUUAGGGAGUGUGACAUUCCAAACAUACCCAUCUUCGUUUUCUUCUCAGUAAAGUGAUUUAUUACUUCUUCUUUUCUUUUCUUUUUUAAUUCAAGGUCGGUCCCGCUUUCAGUUACCUUGACGCCCCUGCAGUCCGAGUCAUGGGUGUAGAUAUUCCAAUGCCAUACGCCAAGAUUUUGGAGGACAAUACCUUACCACAAAUCAAGGACAUCAUCUCCUUCGUCAAAAAGACUUUGAAUGUUUGUAUGCUUUAAACGAGAAGAAACAACUGAAGUCCAUCGAACGAGGAGCAGAGACUAAAAUCCCUGAGAUUUAACGUAUUUGCAACGAGUUUGCUGCAGGUGAAGUGUUUCUACCCCAAAAAGGCUGCUGAGAGCGUCAUUCAUUGCAUCAUUGAAAAGGACCAUUGGCCACAUGGAGAAUGGAGACUGGGCAGACAUGAUGAUGGAUACGGUUACCCUAAAUGUUGGUGGCCAUUUGUACACCACAUCGCUUUCCACCCUCCAACGUUAUCCGGACUCAAUGUUGGGUGCCAUGUUUCGUGGUGAUUUUCCCACCACACGAGAUGCCCAGGGCAACUAUUUCAUAGAUCGAGAUGGUCCUCUAUUCCGUUACAUCUUGAACUUUUUACGAACCUCGAAAUUGACACUUCCAUGUGACUUCAAAGAAACAGAGCUCCUUCGGAAGGAAGCAGACUUUUAUCAGAUCGAGCCCUUGAUCCAUUGUUUAGGAGACACCAAACCUCUUUAUCCAUUGGACACAUUUGAGCAAGUGGUAGAACUUUCAAGUAUUCGUAAGCUGUCCAAGUACUCAAACCCGGUGGCGGUCAUUAUCACCCAACUCACUAUCACCACCAAAGUUCACGCGCUACUUGAAGGCAUCUCCAACAACUUCACCAGAUGGAAUAAACACAUGAUGGACACCAGAGACUUUCAAGUGUCUUUUACCUUUGGACCAUGUGACUACCACCAAGAGGUUUCCCUUCGGGUGCAUCUGGUGGAGUACAUCUCCAAGCAAGGCUUCACAAUUCGCAACACGCGGGUGCAUCACAUGAGUGAACGCGCCAAUGAGAACACGGUAGAACAUCACUGGACAUUUUGUAGAGUUGCGCAAAAGGUUGAAGACUGAUUGAUGCUGCAGUCAUGUCUGAAUAUAAAAAUAUCUAUUGGUAAAAUUCAAAGAAAUUUUAGCAAUUACGAGUUUAACAAAGAUAUAAGUGAUUUUUAAUAGUUGCAAACUCAUAAUUAAGGUAAUUCUGAAAUUACCUGUACACACCACAUCUCCACUGCAGGUCCGUUUGAGGCAGCCAGUAAUGAAAAUGCACAAUGAAAAUGUUUUUGUUGUAUUUGGGUGAACUUGUCCUACUGAGUUUUAUGCAUCUUCUCACCCACUUCAGAUGUUUAUAGACAAAAGGAAACUGAACAAUUUCUAGAACUACUAUAUACCUCAUAUACCUGGAAAAAGUGACCCAAUAUUUUCUUAAUUUCCAAAUCCACAUAUGCAACCUAAAUCUGCAUAUAUCUGAAAUGUUAAUAUGUAAUGCAUCAGUAUUUAAUAUACAGUAUUCAGUUGUAUUUAUAGUAUGUCUGCAGAUAUUUUGUCCUGUGAUUGAGUCCUUCAACUGUAAAUGGUUUGCAUGAUUCUGUGGUAUCUGCACUAUUGUUGAUUCAGUAUUAUUUCCCCUUUGAUAUACCUGAAAAUGAUGUAAUUCGCAUGAUGCUCAAUGUUUUGUUGCCAAAAGCUUUGAGCAAAACAAUACCUCUUAUGACCAGCUUUCAGACCAGACCAAAUUUUGGAGUUAAUGUCACAUUUAAAAUACAGCUUAGUCUCAAAAUGCAUGUAAGACUCAGGUUAGCAUCUUUAAAGCUGAGAACAUCCAUUAAAAUGUAAGAAUUCAUUCGUGUGUGUAAUGAAUUUUGACCUAAACAUUAAAAACAAGCGUUUCAUCAUA